GAUUUGCCCUCCCGGAGAGUGCUUAGCAGGAAGCUGAUUGGCUGUCACUACAGCUGUGCAAGUGCCUCACGUUGGGUUCUGGCAGAGCAGUGAUGAAGCUACUAUAACAUGGAUGAGGUGGAAGAGAACUCGGAAGAGGGUCUGUUGAUUAAGCAGCACCGUAAGGAGAAGAAGGACCUGCAAGCCAAAAUACAGAGCAUGAAGAAUAAUGUGCCCAAGAAUGACAAAAAGAGAAGGAAGCAGCUGACUGAAGAUAUUGCUAAGUUGGAAGCAGAACUCGAAGCGAGACACAAAGGAGACUUGGAAGCCCUGUCACAGAAGCAAACUGGACCAACCCAAGUGAGCGGUAUUACAAAUGGCGUGAACAGUUUAGAUUUGGAAAGUGAGGAGCCAGUUCAGCAGCCACGCGUAUCCAAGGCAAAGAAGAGGCGGGAAAAAAAGGCUGCCCAGGAAAAAGAAAGGGAUGAACGCAUUGCUGAGGCAGAAAUAGUCAAUUUAUCAGGAGCCAGGCACAUUGAAAGCCAGAAACUUGCCCACAUUUUGUUAGAGAGGGAGCUGCAGAUCAGGCAGAUCCCCUCUGAUGGACACUGCAUGUACAAAGCUAUUGAACACCAAUUGAACGAGCGAGGUAAUGCCUUCACUGUAGCAAAUUUUAGAAGCCAAACUGCAGACUAUAUGCAAAAUCAUGCUGAAGAUUUCCUUCCAUUCUUAACAAACUCCUCAACAGGCGGGAUGUACACACACGAAGAGUUUCUGAAAUACUGCACUGACAUAGUGAAUACACCAGCAUGGGGUGGCCAGUUAGAGCUUAGAGCCCUGUCUCAUAUUCUGAAAACACCUAUAGAAGUGAUCCAGGCAGAAUCCUCACCUAUUGUCAUUGGUGAAGAAUACUCAAACAAAUCGAUCACCUUAGUAUAUAUGCGACAUGCGUAUGGACUGGGGGAACAUUACAAUUCCGUUGAAAAUCUGGACACAAUUACAGAGAACAGCUAGUUGUACCUGUCGUUAACUGCCAUCUUGAGUACGGUGAUCUCUAAGAAAGAAUAUGGAUUAUUGACAUUUAUCUAUGGAAGGCAUCAGCUUCAUCACCAUCUGUCCAUUUGACCUUGUAUGAAACAUUCUGGUGAUGUGCUGUUGCUCUCAGUACAAUAAACUGCAUUUGUUGUUGUU